CGUAACUUGUUUCUGAUCGAUCGACGACUGAACACGGUGAAGUGCCCAAGUGGUGAUGGAGCCUGCUCUUGGCUUGAGAGUAGUCCGUGGUCCAGACUGGGAGUGGGGAGACCAAGAUGGCGGCGAGGGUUUCGUGGGGACGGUGGCUGGACUGGAAGAAGGUGGAGGAGGAGUGAUAGUCCAGUGGGACAUGGGACAGAGGUGUAGGUACCGCUGUGGCAGAGACAACAAGUUCGACCUCAGAGUCCUGGAGGACGGACCUGUUGCCAGAUCUGCAGACAUUCAGGACACCGGGAGUGUUAGCUGUGAGUGGUGUGGGAAGGAAGGUCUGGUGUGGUGUGUCUGGAGAUGUACACGCUGUCUGGACUACUACCUGUGCAACCAGUGCUACCACAAUGACAGACACAGCAUAUGGCAUCCGUUCUUUAGAAUACCAUGCAGCAAUAAGCCAAGGAUUAGGCGGAGGGUGAGUAGCAGGCAGGAGGCGGAGAGAGUGGCAGUGAGCGGUAUCUUUGCCGGAGCUCGUGUGGUCAGAGGCGCUGACUGGAGAUGGGGAGACCAGGAUGGUGGCAUGAGUGGUAUAGUACUGGCUGUCAGAGGUUGGCAGAAUGAGACCAAAGGAAGUGUCGUGGAAGUCCAGUGGGAAGGCAACCAUCUCAAGAACGUGUACAGAUUAGGACACAAAGGAAGGGUCUGUAUUUUGGAUAUCGUUUGGCGAAGUGUUCGUGUUUUAGCGGGGCUUAUUAGUCGAGCAAAGCAGGCACACAUAGUUGUAUGAAUCGUGUGACUUUUCUGCCACAUGAGGAUGUCUGAAUAUCAUAUGGAGAGUUUAAGGACGCACUACAUGUACUAAGACUUUAUUUUUGCAUUCACUUACAGAAUUCUGUUGCAAUGUUGUUCCACAGGUGGAUCUGAAGUGCCUGGUGCCCGGAGAAGGAGGCUGGUAUUGUCCAGAACACCUCUCUAUACUAGGUGGGAAUAAGGAGGAGGAGGAGGAGGGAGAGUUUGAGUUUGCAGCUGGAGACUCGGUCAGAGUUGAUCUUGAUCUGGACUCUGCCAAACUGCUCCAGGAGGGCCACGGAGGUUGGAUCGACACCAUGAGUGAAUGUCUGCGUGAUGUGGGUGUGGUCGUGACGGUUUGCAAAAGUGGGGAUGUGGAGGUUCGCUAUGUCAACAACUCUGUCUACACUAUAAACCCAAUCAUCCUCGUCAAGGUGGAUAUUCCAUUCCAUGUUACUGGUACGGCAGUCCGGGUGCUGGAUGACAUGAUGAAAGUACACCAGCUACAGACUGUGGGGCCAGGCUGGAAUGAUGACAUCGUACUGACUCUUGGUGUGGUGGGUCUGGUGACGAAGAGAAGUCCAAGUGGAGAGGUCCAAGCUACAGUCAAUGGCCAGCGAUGGCUCUACCACCCCCAGAGUCUACAGCCUGUUCCCAAUACUCUCUACUCACCCACUCCAGAUGAGGCAGAUUUGGACAAGGUAGCUCUGCUGAAGGUACUGACUAUAAUGAAGUCAGGAGACCCAAAGGAUGCUAUCUGGUACCUGUCAGCCACUGGUGAUGUACACACACUCCAGACCUAUCUACAGAGGUACCCUGACGAGAUCAACAGGAAGAUUCGUGGGAAGACAGCUGUCCAUGUGGCAUGUACAGAGGGGUACAUUGGCUGCCUCAGAUGUCUUCUGUUCUACCACCCGGACCUCGAGAUUAUGGAGGAGGGGACUGGCCUAAGACCAAUACAUGUCUGUGCCUACAGUAACUUUGCCGCGGCAGCUCAUCUCCUCCUGGAGUAUGGGGCGGACAUUAACUCCAAGGAUGCAAGAGAAAACACGGCGGCCAUGGCAGCUGGAGCCCUAGGCCACUACGAGGUCCUGCGGGUCCUCCUUGAACACCGUCUACUCAACAUACAUGCUGGGGAUCGCAUUGGGAGCACGGCUUUGCACUGUGCUGUCAUAGCCAAGAGGGAUAUGGCUGUCAAAUUGCUGCUCGAGGCAGGGGCUGACCCAUCCAUCCCCAACUACACUGCCUCCACUCCACUGCACGAUGCUGCUGCCAUGGGCUACCUCGCGAGUGUGGAGCGAAUGGUGGCCUACUUCCCACAGCUCAUCAACCUGGAGAAGUGUGACGAUGGUCACAUCCCACUCCACUCUGCAGUCCUCUACAACAAGCUGGACGUGGCUCACUUCCUGCUCUCCCAGCCCUCAUGCAGGAUAGAGAGCAGGUCAUCAGACAAAGGCUACACGCCCCUCCACCUGGCUGUCAGCGAAGGCCACACUGCUCUGGUAGAGCUCCUGGUUGGCCACGGAGCCAAUGUGAACGCCUCGCUGGAGGAUGGGAACACACCUCUGCACAUGGUCCUCAGCCAGAGGAAGAUGAAGCCUCUCUCCAGCAAUACUCCUCAUCUCAGACAAAUGGAUGAAUCUCUGGUGGCUGGAUAUGAGCAUGGGACGUGGAUUUGAGCCCUACUUCCUCGUGGCUUGCAUGCUGGUGCAGGAGGGGGCAGACCCUCUCGUUAAGAACAGAUUGGGAGAGCCUCCGCUGCAGAAGUGCCGCUCUGACGUUGCCCCUGUCAUCAGGCUGUUUGCACAGAAACGAGGAGCUUAUCGCGGCAGUUUACAGUCAAAAAUGUCAACUAUUCCAACAAACGUAAAGAGGAGAACUAGUGUACCAGCAGAGGCCACUAGUGAUCAAGCGGCUCAAGAGGUUCUGGCAGGAUUCCCCAAAAACCUCAAAGCGGACACCAAGCCAGCGGUGGGUGAUGCAGCAACGCCCUCUGGACUGGGGACUGGGACACCUGAGACUCAGACUUGUACCCCUGCUGCUGAUGUUGACAGUGAGAGUGAGAGAGGGAGAGGAGGGGGAGGGGAGGGAGGAGAAGGGGGGAGGGUUAGUGAGAGUCUCUCAGACAACUCCCAGUCUGCUGCUACACCUGGUCCUCCAGCCUCUCGCCAAGCUGCUACACCUGGCCCUCCAGCCUCUCGCCAAGCUGCUACACCUGGUCCUUCAGCAUCUCGCCAAGCUGCUACACCUGGCCCUCCAGCCUCUCGCCAAGAUUCGGACGAUGGUCUCUGCUGUUUGUGUGACAAGGCAAUCAGUACUAAGCUUGUUCCGUGUGGACACGCUGUCAUGUGUGGGGAUUGUGUAGGCCGUGCCAAGAGAUGUCCCAACUGUUGUGUAAAAAUAGAAGGAUCCACACCUUUUUCUUAAUCAUUUUAUUUUUUCACCGGCUGGCAAAGGUUUUGUGAUGUCAUGUGGGCCUUUGCUGCCUGUAAACAAACCGCAAUUUAUGGAG